CUUCUUACCAUGCGAAGAGCACUGAAAUGCUUCAACAGUGACGGACUUCUUGAUAUUCACUGUAACGGGAUGAUCACAAUCCAUCUACUCUUUUCCAUGGUUCUGAUAUUGCUGAAAAGGGUCCCACCAUGACACAAUGGAUCGCCACCAGUCACUUUUCCCUACGUAAAUCAAUGGGCCCAAACUCCCCACGGUUACCAUGAAAUUUAAUUUUCUGGCCCAGGGACUAACUCUUCAUGUUGGCUUAAUCCGUUUAGAUAAGUGGGAUGGAGCAAUAGAUUCUUCGCCCGCUAUCGUCCGUUAGCUGGGUCUGGAGAUUUGACUUUUAAACCUAAGUUAACCCACCUUUAUCAAUUUCUCCGCCACCUAUCCUGUUCUUUUGGUUCCUGACACUUUCUCCGGUCUUCUUUUCUAUUGUACCAUGGUCGCUGUGGAUACUUCUUCUAUAUUGUAAAUUCUUUCCCAUGUGACCAAACGUGCAACAGCACAUUUAGUGACCUUUUGCCUGUUUAACUGAUUGAUUCAUACUACAUGGAUGGAGGCUAGGCCGAUCACUUUUGGUACUAUCUUGAACUUUGUUUUAUUGAGGUCAAUAUAUAAUCCCUCGACAUUCCACCAUAGGUAAUGGCGCGGAAGACGUUGUCCCGCAAAACCACGAAUCUACUGAUAUUCAUCCUGCUGGUGGCGAUCGUGGCCUCAGUGCUGAAGAUCAGUCUGCAUGGUACUUCCCUACACCCGGCAGGCCUUUACCACCAUACCACCGGUCAGGAUAAAGGCGAAGCAGACUACUGGGAAUGGGAAACCACCACGCGUUUCGCUCCUCCCAAAAAUCAGUUCACCGCCAGUUCCAGCACGGAUGACGACCAUCUUUGUGACUCCUUCCCCACCUAUGUGCUGUCACGUAUCCAGGUCGUGCUGAAGAUCGGGGCGUCCGAGCCCGCUGAUCGCGUGGACGCUCAGAUCUCGACCGUCACCCGCUGUAUUCCGAACCUCCUCAUCGCCUCCGAUCGCGAAGGCGAGCUUAAUGGUCAUCGCGUGCACGACAUCCUCGCGACACUUCCCGAAUCGUUCCGCUUCAAUGUGACGGACCUUGAGCCCUAUGAGGCCUUGAGGCGGGGCGAUGAGCAAGCGGUGGGAAGCGACGAAGGCUGGUAUCUGGAUCGCUUCAAGUUCUUGCCCAUGGUCGAACGCGCCCACGAGAUGAACCCGACCGCGCAGUGGUACGUUUUCCUGGAGUCCGACACCUACUACGUCUGGGACAAUCUCUUCCGCCUCCUUGAUCAGUACGACCCGUCAGAGCCCUUGUAUUUCGGGUCGCCGUCACCCGGACAGGAGAUCGCCCAAGGAAAGCCCAUGUAUUUUGCGUACGGCGGCGCAGGGUUUGUUCUUUCCAGGGGCGCGAUGAACAAGGCGGUGCACAGGCGUCACGGUUCUAUGGGUGAAUACAUCGAACCAUCUUUGAGUAUGCAGUUUGAAGAUAUAGUGAAGGGCGACUGCUGUGGGGACUCCGUGCUGGGCUGGGCGCUGUACCAAAAGGGCGUCAAACUGUCGGGGUUGUGGCCCAUGUUUAACCCGCAUCCGCUCCAUAGCAUCCCAUUCGACCAUGCGUAUUGGUGCCAGCCGGUCAUCAGCAUGCACAAGACUUUGUUGUCAGACAUGAAGGGACUGAUCGACUGGGAAAACCAACGUGAUCGCAAGAAACCUUUGCUAUACGCGGAUCUGUUUGAAUACACGCGCAUGGGGACCUUUGAAAGCAAAGCCGACUGGGAUAACGGGGACUGGGGUGGUUUCAGAGAGCCCAAUGAGUCGCCGGCACACGUCUCGAUGGAAGCCUGCCGGACUGCCUGCCAUGAGCAUCCAGAGUGCCUGUCGUAUACCUACGAUCAUUCCGGCCAUUGUAUCUUUGUGCGGACAAUGCGACUGGGCCAUAGUAAGCCGCCUACGCAGGAAGUGCGGCUCUCUGCCGGGUGGGAUGUGGAGAAAAUGCGAACUUGGCGGGAUUCGCAUCGAUGCGAGAAGCCUAUGUGGGUGAAGCCAAGCAUUACACGGAUAUUCUAGGGCGUUGUGUAUGAUGACUUCUUGUUAGGCGUCUGGAUAUCCUGGGUUUAUGUGCAUGUUACGAUAUUGUCAUUCAAUACCUAGCGGUUACGAUGUAGAGAUACAUAGUUGUCCUUUUCAUAGAUUAGCAGCUGAUAU